CACCAAGAAGUAACAGAUGAGAAUGGAGUGAUGGAGCUUGCUUUUCGAUUAUUUUGAUGGCUGUGGAAGCUUUUGGAUCUUUCAGUCAUGAAUGGGUGUCAUCUUUCUUUUGAGCCACGGAUCCUCAUUUUUCGGUAGCUUUUCUUGCUUCUCCCUCCUUCCUGUGGGCUUGAAGGUCAAAACCAAGUCGCCGCCAUGAAUGUUGCCCUUGUCACAGGUGCCAAUCGGGGAAUUGGAAAGGAGGUCUGCAAACAACUAGCCGACAAGGGCUAUCAAGUCUUGUUGGGGUCUCGAUCCUUGGAAAAGGGGCAACAGGCCGUCCAGGAACUUGGACACUCGGCCAUUACACCCAUUCAAAUUGAUGUCACCGAUCAGGCGUCGGUAGAUCAAGCAGCCAAAAAGAUCCAAUCCAAGUAUCAAAAGUUGGAUGUUCUAGUCAACAACGCAGGCAUCAACUAUGACGAUCACGAACGUGCCAUUUCGGUGGAUCUACAAGAUGUCCAAAACACCAUGGAAACCAACCUGUACGGUCCUUGGAGAUGUACCACUGCCAUGUUGCCACUCCUCCACAAAUCCAACAAUCCACGCAUUGUCAAUGUCAGUUCCGGUGCCGGAUCUCUUUCGGGCAUGAGUGGAGGGACACCCGCCUACGGUGUCUCCAAGGCAGCCUUGAAUGCCUUGACACUCAAGUUGGCACGGGAACUUUCUUCAACAAUGCGGGUCAAUGCCGUUUGUCCGGGUUGGAUUGCCACCGACAUGGGAGGAGCGGGAGGUGGACCCAUUCCAGAGGGUGCCGCCUCGGUAGUGUGGGCCUGUACACUCGACAAGAAUGGUCCCACGGGUGGAUUCUUUCGUCAUGGCAAAGCAAUCCCUUGGUAGGGUCUGCCGUAAUAGCUUCUGCGCAAAAUAGAAUGUAAAGACUAUAGACCCAAGCAUACCCACU